AAAGUGCCUCGGCUUUUCACCGCUGGCAUUGCUUCCUUCUACGAGGGUUACUACGCCAACAAAGGAAUCAACAUUGUCAAAGGCACUGUUGCAUCUGGUUUCAGUACCAACUCAAAUGGAGAGGUCACUGAGGUGAAACUGAAGGACGGAAGAACAUUAGAAGCUGAUAUCGUGAUCGUUGGUGUCGGUGGUAGACCGAUUAUAUCACUCUUUAAAGGUCAAGUUGAAGAGGAGAAGGGUGGUUUGAAGACUGAUGCGUUUUUCAAAACAAGUGUCCCAGAUGUAUACGCCAUUGGUGAUGUAGCCACCUUCCCAAUGAAACUCUACAACGAUAUGAGACGCGUUGAACACGUUGACCAUGCUCGCAAAUCCGCUGAACAAGCCGUUAAGGCAAUAAAGGCUGCAGAAGAAGGGAACUCGAUCCCGGAAUAUGACUAUCUUCCAUACUUCUACUCUCGAGCCUUUGAUCUCUCAUGGCAAUUCUACGGUGACAACGUUGGAGAAACCGUAAUGUUUGGAGACAAUGACCCGAAAUCGCCUAAGCCAAAAUUCGGGAGCUACUGGAUUAAAGAAGGGAAAGUGGUUGGAGCAUUUGUAGAAGGUGGAACUCCUGAAGAGAACCAGGCAAUUGCUAAGGUUGCACGAGCACAACCUUCAGUUGAAAGCCUUGAUGUGUUGGCUAAGGAAGGCCUUUCUUUCGCCACCAAGAUAUAAAACAAUUAAGCUAGUGUGAAGGCUUUGAGUUUGAGUGUCUUCAUGUCAUUUAAGCUAUUAUGAUAACAGAGUGGGACAUUAUUUGUUAUUGGCUUGGCUCGCUUUCUUCACAUUGUUUGGUUCAGGAAUAAAAUUGUAAGUCAUUCAAUUCACUUCUCCAAUCUUUUCUUUCUUCACAUUGUUUGGUCCAUCAAACUUGUUGAAAACACUUCAGAUUGGUCAUCAAACUUAUUUACCUAGUCA